GGGAUUUCAGCUAAAUGACGGCGAGCUGUUGCAAUGAAAUCCCUCUUUGUGUGUUGUCAACGUAUAUAAGACAUCUCUGCCGCAGUUUCUUUCUUUGGAAUAAUGUCGGCUGAAUAUGAUAAUAGAGACAAUGGCCCAGAGGGCAUGGAGCCAGAUGGGGUCAUCGAGAGCAACUGGAGUCAGAUCACGGACAGUUUUGAUGAGAUGAACCUGCGCGAAGCUCUGCUCAGGGGAAUUUAUGCCUAUGGUUUCGAGAAGCCUUCUGCUAUCCAGCAGAGGGCCAUUAUGCCUUGUAUCAAGGGUUACGAUGUGAUCGCUCAGGCCCAGUCUGGCACUGGGAAGACUGCCACCUUUGCCAUUUCCAUCCUCCAGCAGAUUGAUGUGGAGCUGAAAGGCACUCAGGCUCUGGUCCUGGCUCCCACCAGGGAGCUGGCUCAGCAGAUCCAGAAGGUGGUGCUGGCCCUGGGUGACUACAUGGGAGCCAGUUGCUACGCCUGUAUUGGAGGGACCAACAUCCGCAAUGAAGUCCAGAAGCUGCAGGCUGAAGCCCCUCACAUUGUGGUGGGAACCCCUGGUCGCGUCUUCGACAUGUUAACCCGCAAAAACCUCUCUUCUAAGUACAUCAAAAUGUUUGUGCUGGACGAGGCUGACGAGAUGCUGAGUCGAGGGUUCAAGGACCAGAUCUAUGAGAUCUUCCAGAAACUGGCAAGCAGCACACAGGUUGUCCUACUGUCGGCCACCAUGCCAGCUGACGUGUUGGAGGUCACAAAGAAGUUCAUGCGUGAGCCUGUCAGAAUCCUGGUGAAGAAAGAGGAGCUGACCCUCGAGGGUAUCCGCCAGUUCUACAUCAAUGUGGAGAAAGAGGAGUGGAAGCUGGACACGCUGUGUGACCUGUACGAGACACUGACCAUCACACAAGCGGUCAUCUUCAUCAACACGAGGAGGAAAGUGGAUUGGCUGACUGAGAAGAUGCACGCCAGAGAUUUCACCGUGUCUGCCCUGCACGGUGACAUGGACCAGAAAGAGAGAGACUUGAUCAUGAGGGAGUUCCGCUCUGGCUCCAGUCGAGUCCUCAUCACCACUGACCUGCUGGCCAGAGGUAUUGAUGUCCAGCAGGUGUCCCUAGUCAUCAAUUAUGACCUGCCAACCAAUAGAGAAAACUACAUCCACAGGAUUGGUCGAGGUGGUCGUUUCGGCAGGAAGGGAGUAGCCAUCAACAUGAUUACCGACGAUGACAAGCGAACCCUGAGGGACAUUGAGACAUUCUACAACACCACCGUUGAGGAGAUGCCCAUGAAUGUGGCCGAUCUGAUCUAGAAGAACCCACGCGCCCAUCUCCACCCCCUCCUCCCCACUUAUUUUAGCAGUCAAAACUUUGUUUCUUAUGCGAUCUGAAUUCUAAGAACUUCCUUUUGCUAAAUUCCACCAUGACUUUACCCUCUACAUUCUAAGGGAAGGAAGAGCACGGCCAUUAUUCCUUCCUAACCCUUUGAAAUAGUUUUCUGGCCGUUUUUUUUGGAAGGAUGAAUUACUGACCUGCUUCAACUGCUUGCCAUAGUCCGCUACCCCAUAUUGGCACCUAAAUUCUACCUACAGCUAAUCCCGCUGAUGGUUUACAAACUGAGGACUUUUAACAUCAAACAAGAGUUUGUACCUCGGUCCCACAAGUGCAAAACAUAACCGCGUUUCCAAAAGCACGCAAACAACAAAGUUGUUUUAAAAGGACUCUAGCUCUGACUGUUGGCAAAAGCUUAACAUUAAAUUAACGCGGCUCCGUUGAUAAACACGCAUGAUGCUAACAGGAAGAUCAGCAACGCUUUUGUGAAACGCGGCUGUGGUUUGCACCUGCACGGCGUCACCCGGUUGCCGCACUGCUCGGUGACUCAACGGUUUAGACUGCAGUCCAGUUUGGACCCAACAAUGAUGUAAAUGAAACGGGACGUGCUGCAUUUGACCAGAUCAGUAUUGAAACAACCUUCAGUGUACUGGAAACAGCCUUUUAACUCACAUCCAUUAUCAUGUUCAGAAGAGGUUUUGGGGCUAGAGUACACAGGGCAUAUUCAAUAAAAAGACCUAUAUAGUAAAAUCCAUCAUGAAUGAGUUGUUUACCCUUUUGAUCCUUUUACUGCUGUUUCAUAUAUAUAUAUUUUUAAAUUGCUAUUGUACAUACAGCUUGACUUGUACAGUCCCUUGUGCAGUAGCAUUCAGUUGAAGACCGACCGGUGGCCACAGACGUUUGGAGGCAAAACGACGGUGAGUGCUGUGGAGACUUUGCCUCUCGACCCUGACGACCUGGUUGGAUUUUCACCUCUAACUCUUUGACAUUACUGUUCAUUUAGAUUUUAUUUUUAAACAAAAAUUAUUGGAUUUUUGAUAAAGUGGCGGUGUGUUUGUAACCUACCUCGCCAACAUGUUUGGGGGAAGGGGGGGGCCCGUCUGAUAUUAAAGGACCAAACUACAGAUGAAGUAUAUAGAGAUCCCCGACCCCUCCUCUCUUUACUCUUUCUAAGCGCACUCAUAUUAAAAUGCCUGUCAUCAUGGGGUUUGGUGUGUAGGAGAACCGUCAUGUUUUGAGGUGUGUAGUCAGUGCUAUUUUUUAAAAAUGAAUUUACGCAAUUGUUAACCUUUUUGAGACAGAAACAGUAUCAAGUUUUCUACAUUGGAUUCUGUAUAGUAUUUAUUUUAAUGGUCUUUCAAAAAAGAAAAAUAAAGGUUUCUCCUUUUAACAGUGUAAACUGGCCUCUGCAUUGUUGAAUAGCAUGAAAGCUGUAAGGGCCAAACCCUUUGUGGAAAGGCUAGUAUUUAACCAAAUGACAGCCAGCACUGCUUGUAAUGGACAGACAUACCUGUCGCUGAUUGGCUGCUGAGAGCACAGUUUGGUCCAACUUCCGGCGUUGACAGACAGCUGUUCCCAAAGGUUUCUUCUCCUCGUUUGGUUAAAAGGCCAGUUUAUUUGUCAGCUGUAGGUCUGAAGGAACCGUGAAACAUCUUGAAUGCCCUUUUGAUUUAUCUCGUGGUAUUUUUUUUUUUUAAUGGUCUGACAUUUCCAGCUGCCUCUUAGUGACGUCAGCAGACUUCAGCCUGGACUUUAUUUACAACAUUCUAGCAUGUCAUUACUGAUUGUUGUCUUUGCGCAAUAAACAUGUAAUUGUA